AUGUCGACAUUUUCUAAUAAAAGAUCAAAGCCCUUUAUAGAGCAGACUGUAGUGAAUAGAGAUGUAUUACAAUUAAUAUUCGAUAAACUUUCUUUGGUAGAUUUGUUUCGAUGCAAGCAAGUUUCUUCUUCAUGGAAUUCCUGUAUCAAAUUUAUGAAGAUCCCUCCAUGUCUAAUGCUUCCUAAGCCAAAGGAUGAAGAUGGUGAUGAUCAUACUAAUAAUCAUCAUCAUCGAUUCUUUAGCCUCUCCUACAAAAAGGAUACUGAAGAGUUUUACAAAUUUCAUACUGAAAUUAUUGAUGACCAUGACACUUUGUUCUUGGGAUCUUCUAGUGGCUGCCUUGUGAUUUUGAACAAAUCACAAAAAAACUCUUUUCUUCUCAACCCUUUUUCUGGACAGAAACUCCACCUUCCAUCUAUCAAAACACUACCACCACCAACAACCACAUCCCAAAACAGACACUAUUUUCUCCAUAACACUAACCAUACCACAUUUGUUUCUAAAGCUAUUGUCGUUUUAUCAGUUUCUGAUUCUGGUGAGGAUAAGAAGGAGAGAAACGACAACAACACUUGGGUUGUCAUUAUACAUGGUUAUGUAUCUCGAAAACUUGCAUACUGUAAAGCUGGAGGAGAUUCGUGGACUAAUUUGGAGGACUCUGAUAUUCCAAACAUGUCUUUCUGUGACAUUUUGGGGCACAGAGGUCGUUUAUAUGCUUUGUCAAGUUCCAACACUGUUCAAGUCUGGGAUUUUCAGAGUAACACUAGUGGUUCUUUCCCCACUAAAGUCAUGUCAUUUGUUCCAAGUUCUCAGCCUUGUCUUGGUUUGGAUAGUGGGAAAUUUCUACAAGACAGGUACUUUUGUCAGAGUUACUUGGUGGAAUCAAUGGGGGAGUUUCUGCUGGUGACAAGGAUUGUGGGGAACUUUGUCAACUCAGAUGGUGAGUUGCUUGAUGAGGCUGAUCUUCUCGAUGAUGAGAGUACACACCCUUUGAUCUGUCCGUACGCAACAGUGGCAUUUUGUGUUCACAAGAUGAAGAUGAACGAGUGGGAGAAGGUGGAUAGUUUGGGGGGUCGAGCUAUUUUUAUUGGAGGGAGUGAAUCCAUGUCUUGUUCUACUGAGUUUCUCCCAGAAUAUCAUGGAAACUCAAUCUACUUUACUGAUGAUAAUUGGGAUGAGAUGACUACUGAUUAUUUGUAUGGUGGUCAUGACAAUGGAGUCUACAGUAUGGAUACUAAAGCUGUUGCAGUUCAGCCUUGGCUUCAGAUUCAUGGUCACAAGAUUAAUCCACCACCACUUUGGUUACUUCCUAGACUUUAUUAG